AUGCUAGGAAUUGACUUUGAGACGCUCCCCAUAGGCGAUGCUUCAAAUGUUGGUAGCAACGGAAUCACAUUAUCUGGCGGGCAGAGGCAGCGUGUGUCACUGGCUCGAGCUCUUUACCUCCAAACGGACCUUCUCAUCUUUGACGACGUCUUCUCUGGGCUCGAUGCUAAUACCGAAGAUCAAGUCUUUCGUCGUGUAUUUGGACUUAAUGGCAUUAUCCGCCGGCGACAUGCAACUGCCGUGCUAUGUACACACUCUGUUCGUCAUCUUCCAACAUGACGGCUAGCACACUCUACCAAUGGCAGCGUCAACUCUUCAGUCUUGCCCGGGCCGUGCUACGCAAACGGAUGCUAUCGAAGAGCCUAGCAGGAAUGAAUAGCAACACAGCUAUCCCAGAAGGCGGAGGAAUCCUACUUCUAGAUGAAGUCAGCUCGAGCGUAGACCAAGAGACGUAA